GAGAUAUUAUUACAAGUAUUAACACAAAACGAAAUUAUCUGUCGAUAGAAAGACGAAUUGGUCGCGCCAUAAUUUGUUCGAUUUGCUCACACUUGAAUCUUCACCAGUUCAUCAAUUUCCGAUUCCAAAAUACUAGAAUGUCGUCAACAAACCAUGAGAUUACAUGCAUUUGUGCGUCGCUCAUCUUAGCCCAAAACAAUGUUCCCAUCACAGGGGAGAAAAUCUCUCGCAUCUUGAAAGCAGCCGAGGUUGAAUUUGACCCGUCCUGGCCAGAUCAUUUCGCCAGGGAAGUGGACGGUAUCGAUAUGCAGGCUUUGAUCUCCAAUAUACAGACCCGGGUCGGUGAUUGUACCUCUGCUAGUGCACCUCCUUCUGUCUACGCCCCGGCUAAAGGUACCCAGCGCAAAAGGAGCAAAAGAAUAAAGGCAAAGAAAAGGAAGCAUCAGGAUUCUGAUGACUCUUACAAUAAUGAGCUUUUCCAGUUAUUCGAUUGAAUAGAAGAAGAUAUAUGAUUCUUCAGGCGAGCAUUGUGUUCAUAGUAUUAGUUUUAUUUGUUACUAUCGAGCUACUGUGAACGCUGUUAAGAAUUAAAACUACGAACAUUAUUACAUGACGCCUGUAGAGUUUGAAUCGACAUAAUAUCAAGAGUACAUAUAUUUAUACAUAUUAUUUAAAUAUGUAAUUAAAUACAUAUUGCAAUAAUCCGAUUUGGCUUUGAGUGUAAGCUUACACGUAAUUCCACCAUUUUACCGAAAUAAACAGCCAAAACAAAAA